AUGACAGCAACAAACAACAACAGCAACUAUAUCGUUUCUGAUGAAAAAGUUGAUUCAUUAGUUGAGGAAUUAGUUGAGGAAUUAGCUGAGGAAUUAGUUAUGGCAGAAACUAAAACCCUCAACGAAAGAAUUGGUGAAAACAAGAUUGAUUUACAUAACUACCUCAAAUAUGAUGGAGGAAGAGGAAGGAAAACUGGUAUGGCUUUAUUAGUAAAUAAAAUUUCGAAUUUAACGAUUAUAGAUGUUGAUAUCAAUAAAUCGUACAAUGAUGAACUUAAAGAAACAGUUAGAAAAGACAUUUUAUCAAAACUUUCGGAUAAAGAUGUUAUCGUUAAAACCGCUUCAGGAGGUCUUCACAUUUAUUGCAACACUAAUUUCUUCUAUUCAACCUCGAACAGAAUGAUUAAAUGUUAUUCCUGCAAUGAUUAUGAUAUUGACAUAAUGACUUCUAUUGAUGAUUCAAAGCGUUCUUUAGUAGUUAUGGCUGAUUCAAGAGUUCGCAAGAAUGCAACAGAACCAAUCAAUACAUACUCAUUCAUUCGUGGAAGUUAUGACUCAACAUUAACCAGAACAGUGAAUGAUAUAUUAAAUGAUUUGAAUAUUAAGGUAAGAGUUGAACAGAAGAACGAAGAAAUAAAGAGUAUAAUGAAUGAAAACAAAGAUGUAAACAUUGACGAUAAACUAGCUCAGAGCAUAGUUGAUGGCAUCU